GCGUCCUUUCCAUUUCUUCUUCUUCUUCUUUGUUCGUACACUCCAUUUUCCCUUUCUCUUCUCAAACCCUAAUUCUUCUUUGUUCGUACAACCAAAACCAGUUUAACCAGUGUUGAUUCCUCCUCUACUUCGACCUGUGAUGCUCUUUUCUUCUUCCCUCGCAAUUUCGAUUCCACCAUCCUCACCGAUUUUGGUUGCAAUUUCUACUCUCUUCAACCUCAACCUUCUGGAUUCCCUCACUCUCACCGGAUUGACUUCAAUGUCCUUGGAACCUCCACUACUACUACUACUACUCCACUCAUCAAAGAAUCCGCUGGAUUAUCAGACGCUCCUCUUCCUUUCCUUUCUAAUCCUUGUCUCUCUUUCAACUCCAGCGGUUCUGUCAUAUAUAUCACGGUCUGAAGUUGUAGCUGAACUUGCUUUCAUCUUCAGUUUCUAUCACUAUUUAAAGGUUUUCAUCAUUAUUCAUUUGGUGGCUAAAUAUUACUCAUGGGACGUUUCUAGAGAAUGCAAGACCAUGUUUGAGUGA